GAGAGAGAGAGGAGAGAGAGAAUACUAGUAUAUUAUAACCCUCCCAUACUCAGCUCAGGCAUUUAUAUCCUUCAUUUACCUCAAUUUGGGUUCUUUCUUUUCGGCACCUUAACCACCCAUGGCAGAUUUCUAUAGAAGCCCACCUUUUUCUUCUCUUGUUCACAAGUCUUGAACACUAGCCUGAAUUUUUUCCAAAAUGGGUUUCCUGUUUUUGCAAAUGGGUUUCUGCAUCUGGGUUUGUCUCUGUGCUCUGUGUUUCAUUUCUGUGAAUUCAGAGAGUGGAACUGUUGGAGGCAUUGUUUUCAUAGAGGGUAAGAGUGCCAUUGGAAGAACAGACACAGAUUUCAUUUGUGCAACAUUGGAUUGGUGGCCUCCUGAGAAGUGUGAUUAUGGGACUUGUAGCUGGGGCCAUGCUUCUCUCCUCAACCUGGACCUCAGCAACAACAUUUUCUUAAAUGCUGUGAAAGCAUUUUCACCAUUGAAAAUUCGAUUGGGUGGCACUUUGCAAGAUAAGGUCAUCUAUGAAACCGAAGAUCAACGGCAACCCUGCCUUCAGUUUUCGAAAAACACCUCGGAAUUGUUUAGUUUCACAGAAGGGUGCCUUCCCUUAUCCAGAUGGGAUGAACUAAACAAUUUCUUCAAUAAAUCUGGGGCUCGGGUUAUUUUUGGAUUAAAUGCUCUCAAUGGAAGAUCCCUACAGCCUGAUGGUUCUGCUGUAGGAGCUUGGGAUUCUACAAAUGCUGAAUCUUUUAUGCGUUAUACCGUUAAGAAGGAUUACUCAAUUUAUGGUUGGGAGCUUGGAAAUGAAUUGAGUGGGAGCGGAGUUGGGGUAAGAGUCGCAGCAGAUCAAUAUGCCACCGACACAAUCUCUCUGCAAAAAGUUGUUCAGGAUAUUUACAAGAGCAAUGAAACUAGGCCACUAACUAUAGGACCGGGAGGAUUCUUUGACGCAAACUGGUUCAAAGAAUUUGCAGAUAAAACAACCAACUCCGUUGAUGUCCUCACCCAUCACAUAUAUAAUCUUGGCCCAGGAGUGGAUGAACACCUUGUGGAAAAGAUUGUUGAUCCAUCCUAUCUUGAUGGUGAGGCAGAUACAUUCAGUAAGCUCCAAAGCACCCUGAAGAGUUCUACCACUUCAGCAACUGCGUGGGUAGGUGAGGCCGGAGGGGCCUACAACAGUGGCCACGAUCUUGUCACCAAUGCCUUUGUGUUUAGUUUCUGGUAUUUGGAUCAACUUGGUAUGGCAUCAACUUAUGAUACAAAGACAUACUGCAGACAGACAUUAGUUGGAGGAAAUUAUGGCUUACUCAAUACUACAACCUUCGUGCCAAAUCCGGACUACUACAGUGCUCUUCUUUGGCAUCGAUUAAUGGGAGAAAAUGUUCUAUCGACGAACUUUUCUGGGACAAAGAAGAUACGAGCAUAUGCUCAUUGUGCAAAGCAUUCCCAAGGAAUCACACUGCUAUUGAUCAACCUAGACAAUACCACCACCGUCGAGGCUAAAGUAAAUUUUAACGGUACUCGGAUAUUGCGACAGCAGCGACACAAACACAGGUCUCGUGGUCACAGAGAAAAGGUUGUUCGAGUACAUCAACAGCAAAAGAAAAUCGAGAGGAUGAGAGAGGAAUACCAUCUGACUGCAAAGGAUGGCAAUUUACACAGCCAGAUUAUGCUGCUCAACGGGGAAAUCUUGACUGUAAAUUCAACUGGACACAUUCCUCCUUUGGUGCCUGUGAAAGUAAAUUCAUCGGAGCCCAUAACCGUUGCUCCUUUUUCCAUUGUGUUUUCUCACAUCCCUAAUGUUGUUCUCCCUGCUUGUAGGUAGGAGGGUAGAUAUCGAGCCAAAAUUGGUUCCAUUUAGUUAUUGACCGAAAGGAAUAGAAUAUCAUGCAAUUUUUCCUUUCGAUUUUUUCUUCGCUAAGAAUGAAGUUCAAGAUUUCUUAUUUUCGUA